AUGGUUGAAGUAAGUGGAACAUUCAAAGUAAUUGCAAAAGACAUUGGCGGAAAGAUAUUUGAAGGAGUUUCACGAUUUAAAUUAGAAGGUGAAGAUUUAACUGUAUUUGUUGAUAUAAAUACUGACUUAUUUCCAUUAGAAGAACAUGAUCGUAUUAAACUUGAUUUAACAAAAACAUUAAAUCGUGAUGGAAGUCCAAUGGAUAUUCAUCAAGGUUAUUCUGAUAAUUUUGGUAAAAAUACUAAAAUGGAUGAUUUUGAUUAUGUAAUGAGUGGGAUGGUAUUUAAAUUUGUUGAAAAUAAAAAUGAUGACAAUUUAUCUGUUAUCGCUUCUUUUGGUGGUUUAUUACUAAUGCUUUAUGGUAAACCAGAAAAACUUUCUGCAUAUAAUAUGAAAGAUCAAGUUUACUUGUUAAUUCGUAAAACCAAUUAA